AUGAGUGAAUCUAAUUUAUCAUCAACAAAAUUAACCGAAAUACAAAAUCAUGAUGAUUAUAAAGUUGUUUGGCUUGGUUCAAAUAAUAAUAUACCAAAUGAAGAGAAUAUUGUUGAUUAUUUAGAGAAAUUUGUUUCCGUCGAAGAGUGUUUUGAUCACAUAACAGACAUUAAAAGUGAACGAAAAAUUCUGCUUGUUUUAACCGAAUUCUUUGAAUGUUUGGUACAUUUUGAUGAACUUGAUCAAAUUCAUUCAAUUUAUCUUCUGGAAAAAAAUGGUGAAAAUAUAAAUUUUAAUCAAGCACAGUCUUCUAAAAUGGUUAAUAUUUUUAGUGAUAAACAUACAUUAAUUGAACGAUUACGUCAAGAUAUUGUACUCACAUAUAGAAAUGAUUUCUCAAUAAAUAUUUCGUCUUUACGUGAAAUAACCAUUGAACAAUCAUUAACUAGUUUAGAUGAAAAUUCUUUAAUGUUUGUAUGGAAUCAAUUAUUUAUUUAUUAUCUUGUUAAUUCUUCUCAUAUAGAUAUGGAGACAUUAAAAAAAGAAAUGAUAGAACAAUGUCUAUUAGAAUAUAAAAAUGAUGAAGUUGAAUUGGAAAAAAUAAACGAAUUUGUUAAUAAUUGUACAUAUGAUAAUGUUGUAUACUGGUAUACACGCGAUUCGUUCGUUUAUCGACUUCUGAAUAAAUCAUUUCGUACCAGAAAUAUUGAUUUAAUUUGUAAAUUUCGAUAUUUUAUUGUACUUUUAUAUAAAAAAUUAAAAGAACUAUCAAUACAACAAGAAGCCGAAAUGAAUCAUACAAUUGUCUAUCGAGGACAAUCUUUGAAGAUAAAUCAACUUGAAAUUUUAUUAUCAAAUAUUGGAAAUCUUAUUUCAACAAAUACAAUGUUAUCAACAACAAAGGACAGAAACGUAGCUCAGGUAUUUUUAGGUAGUGAUGAAGUUAACGUGCUAUAUGAAAUAACGAUUGAAAAUACAAAUGUUGAUACUAUUCAUGUAUUUGCUAAUAUUAAUGAACAGAGCGCGUUUUCAGAAGAAGAAGUUUUAUUCUUUGCUGGUACAGUUUUUCGCAUUGAAUCUAUUGAACCAGAUAAUGAGUCAACAUGGAUUAUUAAACUUACUUUAAUUAAUGAAACAGGUGAACAGUUAGAACAAAUAAUGAAACAUGUUGAAUAUCAAUUCACUCAUACAUCAUAUUGGCAAGAAUUACAUUCAAAAAUAAAUGAUUUUAAACUCAUUGGAAAUUAUUAUAAGAUAUUAACGGAUAAAGCACUUACAUGGAAGGAUGCAUUAACAAAAAAUAUAAAUGAUAUUGAUAUUUAUUAUCUCCUGAAUAAUGUUGGAAAUUAUGAAAGACUCAUAGAAUAUUAUAAGAAACUUUUAUUAAAGCCAACAUUUAUUGAUAAACCCAAAUCUAUUGUUCUUAAUGUUAUUAUUGGAUAUAAUUAUUAUCAUCUUCUAGAAUAUGACAUGGCUUUAGACUACUAUAAUACUGCACUUCUAGUAUUAGAUGAUGAUAAUAGAUUAAAAGGUCAAAUAUUUCAUCAUAUUGGAGAUGCCUAUAAAAUGAAGAAUAAUUUCAAUCGAGCAUUAUUCUAUUACAAACAAGCAUUACAUAUUUUACGUAGUCAAUAUUCUAAAAAACGAUGUCUUCCUAUAAUAUGUAGGGAAAUAGCUGAUGUAUAUAUAAAACAAAAUAAUAAUACAGAAUGUUUGCUUUACGAAGAACAAGCAGAUGAAUUCGAUGAACCUUUUAGACAAAAAUCACAGUUAGAUUAUGAAAACGUAAUAAGAACUUGUAAAAACAGAUUAAAUACUGAACUUCAUCUUUUACCUCUUGAACGUGCUGAAAUAUUAUUUACAAUGGGUCUAACUUUGAUAAAACAAGGCAAUUAUCAUCAAGCAAUAGAAAUUCUUUUACAAGCAAAACAAUUAUUUAAAGAUCAUUUACCACCACAUGGUCAAUUUGUUCGGACAUUUUCGAAAUUAUUCGAAAGUAUUCCAAUAGCUUAUUUACACUUGAAGGAAUAUUUCAAUGCAUUGAUCAUGUGGAAAAGAGCUAUUGACGUACGCAUAACUUUUCCGAAUUAG